GAGAGAGAGAGAGAGAGAGAGAGAGAGGCCCCAGCCAAUGUGCUCACUCUAUAUUCACAUUAUCCACAUUGCUCCAAACGAGGAGGAGCUUGCAGGCUCAAGUAGGGGAUGCCAAUCAAAGCAUCAACUUCAAAUUGUAUCUGAGAGAUCAGCCUGGAGACCUCAGGGCCAGGCGCGUCAGUCGGAGCGCAAUUGUUGAUCAGAUCACAUCCAGCGGACUUUGCGCGAGAAAAAAAGAGAGGAAGCCGAGAUUUAAGAGCGGGUUGUUUUGACUGCACACAACUGUGUAUGUCUGUAGUAGCGGUUACUUUGGCUUGAACACUUUCCCCGCACUUCACUGGGCUCCACUUUUUCUUCUUUCUUCACUCUAACACUCUUUUCGCGCACAGUUUGAAAGGACGGUGCGGCUGUGCGGUGGAGAUGUCGUUCCCGCAGCUAGGCUACCCGCAGUACCUGAGUGCCUCCCAGGCGGUGUACGGGAGCGAGAGGCCGGGAGUGCUUACGCCGUCGUCCCGGGGAGGGAGCACCGAGAUCGGUGGGAGUCCGUCCGCCACUGCAGCGGCGGUUACAUCGGUGUUGGGCAUGUACGCCAACCCGUACGCGCACAACUACAGCGCUUUCUUACCAUACACCAGCGCGGACCUGGCUCUUUUCUCACAAAUGGUAAGAAAAUACGUUGAGUGUUUUUUUUUUUUUUUUUUGUUCGGGGUUGGUUUUACAGAGAGACUAUUGUUUACACUUCAUGUUCCAGCCGCUGUCUGCAGAAACGACCAUGACAGCCUGCCUUUGGAGCCUUAACAAAAGAAAUCAGGACCAAAACGCACCGUAGUUUGUCUGAAUUUUAAAAUAACACUCGCUGAAUAAAACAUCAUCCUCUCGUAAAUUCUAUUAUUUCAGUCGUUUGUUUUCAUGAAGAGGGGUUGUUAAAAGUUUGACCCUUGAACAUAAACAAAAACACGAAAAUUUGAGCUAAAAUAUCAGAAUUAUUUAGCAGGUAAAGAGAGCCAUUAAAACGUGUUUAUUUAACACAAACAACACGAUCGAUGUCUCUUAUUCAUGUUGUGGUUUUAGGACAUUUUAAUGAGGUGGAAAAGUAGAUACAUUUUUGACAUGCGCUAUGUAGAGCAAAAGUUUCUACUCGUGUUUUACCAUGAGCAGAUUUUUCUCAUCAGAUCACUAAAAUAAUAUUUCUGCCACACGUGAACUUUGAAGAGAAAAAAAACGCGACAAGUUUCGACAAUUAACUUCACAAUACCGUGUCGAUUCUAGUGGAACCUGGUGAAUGAAUUGUUUUCCUUCUCCACCUGGUGAUUAUUCUGUAGUGUGAUAACGCUCAGGCUAACGUGUCCGCCUCAUCUCAACAAUAAUCUGUGCGCAAAAAGCUUCAAAAUAAAACCCCUUGAUCAAGAAAAUCCAAUCCCAUGCGCCCCCUCUUACUGGUCGAUAUGUUUUGAGUGCUGUAUCCAAAGCAAACGUGGCGAGAAGGGAGAUUAAAUUCGGCACUAAAGUGUGAGUGUGGCACGCUGGGAAAACUUCACUUAGGCCCUCAAAGCGCUCUGACAUACUUGAGGAGUGUGGAGAGGAGUUUGGCAGGUACACGUGAAAGCUGAGGAUUUGCAUGUGCAUUCACAGCGAUGCAACGAACUUCCCUUUCGUCCUGUUGACUUUGUAUGUUCCGUUAUUGGACUGUCACGUCUGAAAACACGUCUUCUGAUAAAACUAGGCAGGUGCCGCAGGCCUAGCAUGUGCUAUUUUGUAAGUUGUGGGGCUAAUUUGUAGGAAGCUUAGAGUCAAGUGCGACGCUGAUUUCUCCAAAAGAGGCCACUUCUAUUUGUGAGCUGAAAGAGUGAUGGUUGAGACAUCCUUUUAGCCUUUUUAUGCCAGAAUAACAGCAUGUAUUAACUUUAAUCCAGUCCAAAACAGCUACUCUGCAUCAUGAAUAAUGUUCUGUAUCAAAAACAUCUCUUUUAUUUUGAAGGGAUCCCAGUAUGAGCUGAAAGACAGUCCUGGCGUCCAUCCUGCUAGCUUUGCGGCCCACACCUCUCCGGCCUUCUACCCAUACGGCCAGUUUCAGUACGGGGACCCGGCCAGGCCCAAGAACGCCACCCGGGAGAGCACGAGCACCCUAAAGGCCUGGUUGAACGAGCACAGGAAGAACCCGUACCCCACCAAGGGCGAGAAGAUCAUGCUGGCCAUCAUCACCAAAAUGACACUGACGCAGGUCUCCACCUGGUUUGCCAACGCCAGGAGGAGGCUCAAGAAGGAGAACAAGGUGACCUGGGGCAGCAGGAGCAAAGAGGACGGAGAGGACGGGAACUUGUUCGGCAGCGGGGACGAGGGGGAGAAAAACGAAGACGAGGAGGAGAUCGAUUUGGAGAGCAUAGAUAUAGACAAAAUUGACGACAACGACGGGGAUCAGAGCAACGAGGACGACGACGAUAAGUCAACUGAGGGGAGCAGGGAGCACAGGGGCGGCGUGGGUGCUGGGGGAGAGCUGGACAGCUUGGAGAGAAGAAGGGCCUUCGCGCUGCAGGCCCACGAGGUGUUUGACAAAUCUAAGAGCACAAUUUCACUUCACCCCGGGAGUAAGGAGAGCCCUGACGGCAACAACAACAACACGCGAGUUUUAUCCCCGGAUAGACCUGGAAGUUUUCCCCUCCCGCCCAACAAUAAGCCCAAAAUCUGGUCCUUAGCCGAGACUGCCACUAGCCCUGAUAGUUCCUCUCAGAAACCCACGUCCCCAUGUGCCCCAGCGGCCACCACGCACCCAUCAGCGCCUCACCAUCAGAUCCAGACCCACCCGGCCUUCCUCCCCAGUCACGGACUGUACACUUGCCAGAUUGGAAAGUUCCACAACUGGACAAACGGGGCUUUCUUGGGCCAGAACUCCCUGCUGAAUGUGAGGUCGUUUCUGGGAGUAAACCAGCAUCAUCACCACCACCACCACAACCACCACGCGACGGCCCAGCAGCAGCAGCAGCAGCAGCAGCAGCAGCAACCCACGUCAGUGGUGGUGUCACCGGUAGCAGCUGCAGCAGCACUCAGCAAUGACAGCAAGGCCGCACAGGAGACCCACAGUCCCAAACACAUAGGUAAGACUCAACUACCACGCACGCGCAGAAAUGUCACAUGAAAGUGUAUGAACUUCAUUCAAAACACCAAUUAUGUGUAUUAAAUUACUGGUGCAGCUAAAGCUUUUUAUUGCAUUUCUUUUUGUCCUAAAAUCUGUUUUAUAAUAAAAGACUUCACACUCUUUCAGGAAACACACACUUACAAUCUCCACCUUUAAACACAAGCUGUAGCAUAUUUGGACAACAUGUAAAAUAGAUAACGUUCAUCUAUUCAUCACUGCAGUUUUAAAGUGUGUUUACCUUUUUUAUUUUUUUUUAUUUUAGACCAUGAAAACGGUGUAAGGUCUGUUUCACCCCCAACACAGACCCUGAAGUCUUCCUUUCGACCCAUCAUUGACAGGUGAGACUAGUUUUUUAUUCAUUCAUAUUCUUUGAAAUGCAUCAUUCAUUCAUAAAGGUUUGGAUUGUAGCAAACUCUCUCAGAACUGUCCUUCAAAAUAAUUCAGAAAUCAAUGCUUUUUUUUGUAAUGAUAGUUUGAAUAGGUUGCCUUUUAUUUAUUUAUUUAUUAUUAUUAUUAUUAUUAUUAUUAUUAUUAUUAUUAUUAUUAUUAUUAUUAUUAUUAUUUGCACAGUAUCUGUUACAAAAGUUGUCAACCAUAAUUACGCGUGGACGUUAGGAAAGGCCAAUGAUAUAUACUUGCAAACCUCAAGUUAAAAACUCAUAACAAAAGAUGAAGAAAUUCCAGUAUAAAACCUUUUCUAAAGGUUUUUCGACUCUUUUUUUUCUGCUAUAAGAAGACUUCAAAAUAAAAUAAACAAAGAUAAAUAAAACACAGUUUGCUUUGCGGGUGACAGGGGUCUUGACUCCCAUCCCACUCCCCCUUUAAUUCCUCGCCUCUGGGGAGAGUGUGGCUACUUAUCAAGUCACCGAGUAAAACGGGCUCUGUCUGGGCUGUGUGCUUUCCCUAAAGACCCCUGGGAGAGUCGGAGCCCAGGGGAGCGCUCUGGCCGAGAGCGAGAGAGGGAAAGUUUACCCCUGAUUCGAGCUUUACGAAAUGACCCUUGAUUUCUUCUUCUUCUUUUUUUUUUUUUUUACUUUUUACUGUUGCAUGUUGAGAUAUACGAGCGUUUUCUUGAAAGACGAAGCAAACUCGUAUAUUAUACUCGUUGAUAAUGGUUUGAAAAGAUUAAUAUUUUACGCACACAAAAAUGUCUGAUACCCAAAAUAAAUAUUCCGAUGUAUUAUUAUUAUUAUUAUUAUUAUUAUUAUUUUUAUUAUUAUUAUUAUCAAAGAAAGGGGGGUACAGGGAUUGGAGAGGGAGGACUGCAGUCUGUUUCAAAUCAAAUCCGUUCAGCCUGCAGACACUUGAGAUGCAUAUUGAGACCUGCUGUCCAAACACUGCGGGGUUAUUUAUCUACCUCUCUGUAUUACUCUUUAUCCAGAUCCUCUCUGCCUUCCAGCGCCAGGAGUCCGCAAGACGCCACGCAACGAGUCCUCACCGCUCUCUCCUCGGCUUGAUCAACACUUUUUUUUUCGUGCUUGAAAGAAAAAAAGAAAAGAGAAUAGAAAAAAAGACUUUAAACUCCCUGAAAACAAAGGACAUUGAGAAAUAAAAAUGCAGCGUAGCAUUGAGUCGGUACAAAACAAAUGGCGUAAUUUGGUAAUAUCCUGUGGAUGGAUGGAUUACUUCCUCUAUUGUUGUGUAGCCUAUAAUCGCGCCUAUAAUGUUACUCUCUCUCUCUCUCCACUCUGCCCAGACAGGCUGGGACAUUUUGGUAGGCUUUUUACUUUGUUAUUAUUAUAAUAAUUAUUAUUUUUUUGUCUUUAUCUUGUGUUUUUUCGUGUCUUUUCUUUAAUGUAAAAUACCAAGUGAUUUAAAUUUGUAAAUAGGAAGCGUUGAAGGAAUUUGUCCAGAUCUUAUAUUUUGCCUAAUAAACUAAAUGAAAUUAUAGAGAAAACCGUG